AUGUCGGCGCCGCCCGAAGCCGCCGAGUCCUCGCGCGCUCGCCAGCAGCCGGAGGAGCCGUCCGACGAGUCGCCUCAGCGCUGCCGGUGGGUGGCCCUCUCUACCAUCACAGGCGGGCCGCACCGCCCCGGGGACGAGCGGCACCGCCGCAUCCUCCGCGGCCGCGACCUCCUGCUCGACCUCCACGACCCGCCGCGCGCCUCCACCCUGGUGCUGCGCGCCAACCUCACCAGCUUCAUCCCCAUCAUCCUCGUCGCCGACUCCUCCUCCGCCCGCCUCCUCGUCAAGGCCGCCUGGGGCAGCGCCCGCAUCAACCGCCCCGAGUACUUCCUCUGCGACGCCCGCUCCCGCACCGCCCAGCGCCUCCCCGCCGUGCCCUCCUCCGAGCUCGGCGGCCCCGACGCCUGCCCGCUUGGCGGCCUCGACCUCUGCCCGCGCCGCAGCAUCGGCCUCAUCGCCGACCCGGACCGCACCGGCCACUUCAUGAUCGCGCAGCUCCACCCUGCCCCCGCCACCCGCCACGGCUUCAUCCUCUUCUACUCCACCGCCACACGCCGCUGGGCCACCAAGCAGCUCGCCUCCGCCCCGGAGCACAAGCGCUGGGGCGCCCACGGCGUCCUCGCCCACGACGGGCUCCUCUGGUGGGUCGACGUCGCCUACGGGAUGGUCGUCUGCAACCCCUUCGACGACGCCCCACACCUGCGCCUCGUCCCGCUCCCGGAGGGCUGCGCCCUGCAGGGCGUGGAGGUAGAGCGCAACAACUUCCACGGCUGGCAAAGAACCCGCGAGUUCCUCGACCAGCGCCGCUUCAUCAGGCCCAGCGAGGGCAAGCUGCGAUACGUCGAGAUCCUCGGCUUCAACUACGACACGGCCGCCGCCGCCGCGGAGCCCCCGAACGACCCCACCGCCGGCCCCAACCCCACCAACACCUGGGAGUUGGAGUACGAGGCGCCCUUCGCCGAGAUCUGGGCCCACGACAGCUACGUCGCCGCCGGCCUGCCGCCGGACAAGGUGCCCAACCUCGCCCUCGUCGACCCCGACAACCACGGCGUCGCCUACUUCUUCCACGGCACGCGGCUCUUCGGCUUGGACGUGCGCGCGAGGCGGGUCGUGGCCUGCGACGAAUGCGUCAUAGACGAUGCUCCGAUCGACAUGGUGGAGGGUGGAUACCUAUCCUCCCGCUUCGUCGAGGCCUGGGUGCCGCCCGAACCUGGUACGAGUACAUACAUGAUACAUACACACACUGGAUUCAUCAUUAUUCAUGCUCACAGUCUGCUAGAUUAUUUUCCGAUGAAUCUGACUCCUCAGAUUUUGCGUUACAACGAGGAAAAGGACCGUAAGGUGAUCGACUAUGUUGAAGAUUGGCUGAGCCACAUUGAGUGGACGAACCAGGACGUCGUCGGGUGA